AUGAACCCAUCUGAUAAUGAUGAUGUGGAUGACAAAGCACCCUUAUGGAUUUAUGUGAACAAGAUUGAAAAGAUAGUAGGAGGGGGAUCAUGGAGGUUUGAAUGCAAAUUUUGCAAUACAACGUACGUUGGAUCUUAUACUAGAGUUGUGACUCAUCUUAUACAAGAGGGAGUUAAGGGAAUCAAAGGAUGCUUGAAAGUUACUCCACAGCAAAGAGAUAACAUGAAGAAAUUGGUAAAUGAUUGCAAGGAGAGGAUAAAGCGUGCAGCUCCUACGCCAGUUCCAUUACCUUCAGCGUCAAGAAAGGCAUCUGCUUCUUCUCUUGACUAUGACAUGAGCUACAAAUUUCCUGAUACAGAUGAGGCUGGUUCAAAGAAGAGAAAAGGAAUGGAUUCAGCUUUAGGAAAAGCAUUUAACAAUCAGGCUAGGGAGCAAUGUGAUGGUGAAAUAUUUAGAAUGUUCUGUACAAGCGGGUUGUCUUUCAACGUUGCAAGAAAUCCUCACUAUCGCAACUCAUUUGUGCGUGCAUCACAAAUUCCUGGCUAUGUUCCUCCUGGUUAUAAUGCUUUGAGGACUACACUUCUCCAAAAAGAAAGAAAGAACCUUGAAGUGCACUUGCAGCCUUUGAAGGAUUCAUGGAAACAUAAAGGAGUUAGCAUAUGUAGUGAUGGCUGGUCAGAUCCUCAUCGAAGACCUAUCUUAAAUUUGAUUGCAGCAAACGAGAGUGGUCCAAUGAUGUUAAGAGCAAUCAACACUCAAGGUGAAACAAAAACUGGUGAGGUGAUUGCAGAAAUGAUUAUAGAAUGCAUUAAGGAGGUUGGACAUGAGAAUGUGGUUCAAGUACUCACUGACAAUGCUUCAAAUUGUGUAAAAGCUGGUGCACUUAUUUCAGCUAAGUUUCCUACUAUCUUCUGGACACCAUGUGUGGUUCAUACUUUGAAUCUUGCACUCAAAAACAUAUGUGCGCCAGUUUAUAAUACAAGAAGCAAUGGAGAUGUGUAUGAUGCUUGUUAUUGGAUAAAGUCUAUCAGUGAUGAUGUUACUUGGAUCAAGAACUUUAUUAUGAACCAUGGAAUGAGACUUGUCAUGUUCACAGAGCAUUGUGAUCUUAAGCUCCUUACAAUUGCUUCUACAAGGUUUGCUUCAACAGUUGUGAUGCUUAAGAGAUUCAAGAAAAUAAAAACCGGGCUACAACAAAUGGUGAUCAGUCCUAAGUGGGAUGAUUAUAAAGAUGAUGGUGUAGAAAGAGCAUCAGCAGUGAAGAAAAAGAUAUUAGAUGAGAUGUUCUGGGAUGAGAUUGAAUAUGCUUUGUCUUUCACUUUGCCGAUAUAUAGUGUGAUUAGAGCUGCUGAUACUGAUAAGCCUUCACUUCAUCUGGUUUAUGAAUGGUGGGAAACCAUGAUUCAGACUGUGAAAAAGGCUAUCUUCAGAAAGGAAAGGAAAGAACAUGAAGAUGACUCGGUUUUUUGGAAUGCUGUGCAAUCUAUUUUGAUAUCUCGUUGGAGUAAGAGUAACACUCCUCUCCAUUGUAUGGCACAUUCUCUAAAUCCCAAGUAAGUUAUAAAUUUUAUUAUGCUUCAUAUGAUUUAUUAUCUUACAAACUAAAUUUAAACAGUUUUGAUAGUUAUUUAAAUAACAUUAUUAUUGUUUAUUUUGAUGGAUGCAGAUAUUAUAGCUCAGAGUGGCUUGAAGAAGAGAACAAUAGAAAAGCUCCACAUCAAGAUUUGGAGAUUACUAGAGAAAGAAAAAAUUGCAUCUUGAAGUAUUUUCCAAAUCAAGAUGAAAGGAGAGAGGUUAACAUUGAAUAUUCUAAUUUCUCUUUAAGUUUGGAAGAUUUUGGUAGUGUUGAUGCAAUCCAUGAUAGAUUUAUCUGAGAACCUUUAAGAUGGUGGGCAGUUCAUGGAUCUUCAGCUCCUAAACUUCAAGCCUUAGCAUUUAAGUUGCUUGGACAACC